GCAGAGUUUUUUCAUCUUGGUCGCGUUAUUAAAAGUUCCCUGUGGAUUGCAAAAGGUGCACCGUUGGUCAGACACUGUGUACAAUCAUCGGAAUAUUGUGUAUUGGAAUUGGAAUUGCGGGGAAAAGACACUUUUUCGUGGAAUCGAGGCAGGUCGUAGGAAACUUUAUUCCCAACCAUUUAUUCGUGGUGUGGAUCUGUGCAAUUACAUUCAGCGGACGAGCGUUCUUCUUCCCACUUUUCGGCGAUUGCAGUGCACACAAAGUGAGCUUUCGACGUGUGAUUCUGCACGUUUGAACUAACAGCGAAGUGGCCACAGAGGAAGAGAGGAAAGAGGGCGAAUCUGUGUGUGAGGUGUGAGAGGAAACAAUGAACGGGAUGACGAAUAGCGAUGAUGUUGUCGAAUGCCCACUGUGCAUGGAGGCGCUGGAGGUGGACGAUCUCAACUUCUUUCCGUGCACCUGUGGGUAUCAGAUUUGUCGCUUCUGCUGGCACCGCAUCAGGACGGAUGAGAAUGAACUGUGCCCAGCGUGUCGGAAGGCGUAUUCGGAAAAUCCGGCGGAUUUCACUCCACUUUCGCAGGAGCAAAUUGCUGCUCUGAAGGCUGAGAAACGACAACGGGAGCAGCAACGAAAGCAAAAAGUGACGGAGAAUCGCAAGCAUUUGGCGAAUGUGCGUGUUGUUCAAAAGAACUUGGUGUUUGUCGUUGGACUCCCACCUAGACUUGCAGAUGCGGAAAUCCUGAAGAAGCACGAGUAUUUUGGGAAGUAUGGCAAAAUACAUAAAGUGGUUAUUAACCCGAGCACCACGUAUGCUGGCGUUCAAGGGCCCUCGGCCUCGGCAUAUGUGACGUACGUGAGCAAUAGUGACGCCUUAAGAGCCAUACAGAGUGUCAACAGCAUCAUGAUAGAUAAUCGGCUGAUAAAGACUAGUCUAGGGACGACAAAGUACUGCAGUCACUUCAUGAAGAAUCAGCAAUGUCCGAAGCCAGACUGCAUGUAUCUGCAUGAGCUUGGCGACACGGAGGCGAGCUUCACGAAGGAGGAAAUGCACCAAGGCAAACACCAGGAAUAUGAGAAGAGACUCCACGAUCAGUUGAUAGCACAGACGGCAGCUUUAAAUUCCAACACUUCGUCGAAUGGCAGUGCAACGGGACAUGGAGGAAAGACGGUGAGCGAAGCGAAGAAUAUUGCCACACAGAAUGGACCGACAAAGGAUGCGUGGCCGAGUCUGUCGGAGUCGCCGGUGGGGAAAGAUGUGAAAAUGAAUGGGAAGAUGGGUGGUGCGAAUCACAAGGAUCACUCGACGAAGAUUGAGAGCAGGAAGCAUGAAAAGACGAAAGCUGAGAAGAGGGGCAAAAAUCAGAAGAAUCAAACGAAUUCACAUCAUCACAACAACAACAGCAAUAGCCAGAACAACAACACAAAGGAGCAGCACAGUGCAAAGCAGCUGCAUCAACAGCAACAGGACAUAAUUGAGAAACAGAAUCACUUGAGUGCGGACGACGAUGAGGUGAAUUUGAUUGAUGAUAUUGAGCACGAUGCGUUGUUGGUGGAGAAUGAUCGGAAUGGUGAUACGCCGUCGUUAAGCAGCAGCAGAACAUCGACAAGCAAUACUGGUGAUAGUGGUGCAUCUAGCGAGAGUGGCAGUGGCAAGAGUUCACCGGCCAGCUCAUAUCCUGAUCACUCGCACCAGAAUCUGUCGACAUCGGUGUCUUCGACGCUGUCCUCAGCCUCAUCAGCGUCCACAACGGCCAGCUCUGAGUUGGCCAAUCAGCAGCAGGUGAAGGAGCAGAACCAGACAAAUCUGGAGAAGACGAGCCAGCAGCACAGUGAGCAGUUGAACGGCAGCAAUGGCCCGAUACGCGAGGCGACGUCAAAGUUCACAAAAUUGUCACUGUUCGACGACAGUAACAGCUUCUUCUCCACCAACACUUUCCAGCCAUAUAUGAAGAUGGAUGGCACACAGCUGAGCACAAAUGCCAGCCAGCAUCCCGAGCAGAAUGGACUGAACACAGCAGCCGCACCUGCAGCUCAACAGACCGAGCAGACGUCUGGUACGAGCAAUGGUCAACCGCCACAGGGAUUGAAUGAGAAUAUCCUGGCGAACACAUCGGAAGACUGGGAAGCCGCGUUCAAGUAUGUCAUGUUGAAGAACAACGGUAAGCACGGUGAUGAGCAGCAGGAAUUAGUUCGUAUGCAGGAGAUGCAGAAACGCAAUACAGUCAAUGGCAUGCGAAUGGGACAGCAGCAUCAACAGUACAAUGGGUUGCACGGGGACUUAAAUGCGGAUUACUUUCACUGUCCAAAUGAGAUCAACAGACAGCUCUUGCAGCAACAGCAUCAACAGUCUCGAACACAACACAACAAUUUGCACAGUGGAAGUGAGAACAUGAAUCACAUGUAUACAGGAAAUAUGUCAAAGUUCUUUGAUUUCCACAAGAAUCAACAAAAUCAACAGCAACAGUUCAUGAUGAAUGGCCACUCGACAAAUGGGCCGUCCGUUGAUCAGCUGAAUAUGGCGAAUUUGAUGGAGACCAACAAACUCAAUCCUCAAUUUUUGGAGCAACACGGACACCUUGUAUCGCAAUUGUCGAAGCAGAGUUGGAUCAAUAAGAUGGACCCACAGCAGCAGCAACAAUCUCACAACAUGCUAUUUAACAGUAAUCCACAGAACAGGCUUCACAAUCAAUAUGGCUCUCAAAACCCGGCAGUGGUAGAUGAUGAUCUGGGUUUUGAUCCAUUUAUUGAGACACAGAAGGCUCUAGCUGAACUGAUGGAAUGUGAAAUGAUGCAAAACAAGCCACAGACUAAUCAUAGUAAAUUAUUAGAGAAUUGUCAGAGAGCACGAAUGCCACCACCUGGUUUCAACCACAUGAAUGCGUUUGGUUUUGGAAUUCCAAGAGCACAAGGCAGCAAAAUUUUGCCAUUCAUGAACAUGGGAAAUUCGACACAACAGCCGCCAGACACAAAUUGGGGCUACAUGAAUGGCUAUCUACAGGGUCCUCAGCCAAGUGAUCAGAUCAUUUCACAAUCUCAGCAGCAAAACAGUCAUUCUACUCUAAAAUCAAAUUAUGGUAGUAUGACUUCAGAUUGGACCUCUCUGGAUCCGGCAAUUGUAUCAUUCCGACAGUAUCCGACACUACUCCCCGGUCCCACGUUACAGCAACAGCAGCCACAGUCGCAAGCUCCACAGACAUCGGACAUGUUUAUGUCACAGCAGCAGCAACAACAAACUGGACCAGGUUUAACACACCAUGGCAUUAAUCUACAAUCAAGUAUUAUGAAUCAACAGCAGCCUCAGCAGCAAAAUUCGCCAGCACAGGUGAGAUUUGCUCAUUCGAAUUGGUUGAACAGGACCGAAUCUGCGACUUGUUUUACCAAUUUGCCAAAUGGCAUUUCAAGAAAUCAUGAAAAAUUCCAAAUUAAAGCACCACCAGGCUUUCGAAGAGGUAAUCAUGGGGAUCUGAUCUAGAACAAUGCAGACUGUGUCAUCCUAAAUUUCUCUGUUUUGAAUUCAGCAAGAAUAUAAGCGAAUUUUCAGAGGCCAGAAGUGAUUAAGAAUAUGUUAAUGAAUUGAAAUUAAAGAUUUAAAUACACUCAAUAAAUGAUUUCAGAGUUGUUUUCUGGUGGAAUUUUUUUGACGAACUUGUGAUAUGAUGAAAUGAUCGUAUUACAACGGAUUAUGAAGUAAUGACAUUACAAAAUUUUAAUUUUACAAUUUUUGUGAUACCUUCUUAUAUGUGUUUUUUUUUAUUUUGUUAUCUUAUAAAACAAUUAUGCUGUGUUGAAACAGAGAAAUGUGGAUCUAUUUUUUUUAUUAUCAUUUUAUAUUCUACUUAACAAACAAGAAGAGAUAUUACAGAAAAAUUGAGAUUUGUGUAUGCAUUAUUCUUCACUCGAUUUUUACGGCAAAAAGAGAAAAAAAGUUUUGUUCUUGAAACCGUGCCUCCUGGAAUAGAGAGAAAUAGAGAAGCACAUAAGCAGGCAAAGGAAGAUGUUGAAUAACAACAAAAAUUGACCUAAAUUGAUAACAUUAAUUAUUCAUGCUAGAAGAGUUAUUAAAGAGAAAAAAAAACUUCUCGCUCGAGAGCAGUGAGGAGAUAAAAGAAUAUAACUACAGAAAAAAAAAAUUUAGAAAAAAAACACGGCAAAAGAUUAAUUUAGCGAGCAAACUGAGCGAAAAUAUUAUAUACACUUUACUCUAAAUACUUAUUAUCAGAUGAAGAAAAAAUAUUCAGUAUAAAGACUAAGGUUGAAAUUCUGUAAAGAGGUGAGAAACACAAGAAGAGCUAUGCUGAAGGAAUGUUGAUUCAGUGAUGAUUAUAUUGUGAAGAAAAUGUAAGUGAAGAAUGAUUAAAGGAGACGAUAUUGACUUGAGCUGCCGUUUUUUGCUAAACCAGACAACAUGAUAAGAGAUCGCGGUGAAAAGGAAGAUAAAAACACACUAAUAUCGAACGACGAAGAGAUACAAGAAAUAUUUGUUAAUUAUUUCUUAAGGAAUAUGAGGAGAAGAUAGAAGAAGAUUAUAAAGAAACAACAACACAUUAUUGUAAAAAUAUAUUAUUAUCAUUACAAUAAUAAAUUAUAAAUAAUUUAAAA